AUGGUCAUCAUGGUCAUCAUGGUCAUCACGGUCAUCAUGGUCAUCACGGUCAUCACGGCUAUCAUGGUCACCACGGUCAUCAUGGUCAUCACGGCUAUCAUGGUCAUCAUGGUCAUCACGGCUAUCAUGGUCACCAUGGUCAUCAUGGUCAUCACGGCUAUCAUGGUCAUCACGGUCAUCAUGGUCAUCACGGCUAUCAUGGUCAUCACGGUCAUCACGGCUAUCAUGGUCACCAUGGUCAUCAUGGUCAUCACGGCUAUCAUGGUCAUCAUGGUCAUCACGGCUAUCAUGGUCAUCAUGGUCAUCAUGUCGCAGCUGGCAGAGCUCCUCGCCAUCUGCUUUCCAUCGGUCUGGUGCCGACAGACAGCCAUUUUGGCACUUCAUUCAUUGGCUUUGGUUAUUCGGACUGGUCUCUCCAUCGGUGUGGCUUCUUUGGACGGCGCGCUCGUCAAAACCAUCGUCGACAAGAAGCUGAACAAGUUCAUCGCUUUUCUCGUCGCCUGGAUCGCUCUCGCUCUUCCGGCAACCUUUGUCAACUCGGCCAUCCGCUUCCUCGAAUCGAGCUUGGCUCUCUCGUUGAGGACCCGUCUGACCACAGAGCUGGUCUCGGCUUACACUGCAAAUCCGAGCGCUGCUUCCGACCAUGGCCCAGCUGGUGCCCAUCCGUGCCAUCGGACCUCGACAGUCCCUGCGUACUAUGCUCUUGUCAACCUCGACUCGCGCAUUGCAAACGCCGAUCAGUGCCUCACCGAGGACGUGGCCAACUUUGCAGAGCACCUCGCGCAUCUGUGGUCGCACCUCUCCAAGCCAUGGCUUGACGUCGUCCUCGUCACCGCCCGCCUGGUGUUCAUGGCCAAGGCGUCGAUUGGCGCCGGCGGCGCCGCCGCCCGGCCGGCAGCUCUGGCUGCUGUAGUCAUCGGCGCCACUGCUGUCAUCCUCCGCACGCUCUCGCCACCGUUUGGCAAGCUGGUUGCCCGCCGCGCAGAGCUCGAGGGCGAGCUCCGCCACGCCCAUGCCCGCAUGGGUGCCGCCUCGGAGGAGAUCGCCUUCUACGGCGGCCACGAGGUCGAGCGUUCGCACUUGUGGCGCGCCUACAAGGCUCUUGUUCGACAGCUCGACAAGUACCUCGUCGCCCGCGCCUGGUACGGUGUCAUCGAGUCGUUCUUCAUGAAGUACGUCUGGACCGCCACAGGCCUCACCAUGAUCGCCCUUCCAGCGUUUUACCAACCCGGCGGCCUCGCCCGCUCGGCUUCAGACAACACAGAGCUGUUCAUGACUUCGCGCUCGCUCCUCACCACAGCCGCUGACGCCAUCGAGCGCAUCCUUGCUUCGCUCAAGGAAGUCUCCGCCCUCGCCGGCUACACCUCGCGUGUCGCCCAAAUCCGUGCGGUCAUUACUGACGUCGCCGCCGAACGCUACGUCAAGGCGUCGGCAAACGCAAACGCCGCCACCAUCGACCUCGCUGCCCGGGGCCUCAAGCGCAUCGGCACCCACUUUGAGCUCAUCAACGUCCCGCUCGUCACCCCAGCUGGUGACGUCCUCGUCGACGCCCUCACCUUUCGCGUCGCUCCUGGCGAGCACCUGCUGGUCGCAGGGCCAAACGGCUGUGGCAAGUCCGCCUUGGUCCGCGUCCUCGCCGGCCUCUGGCCUCACUACGGCGGUGAGAUGGUUGUCCCGCCCCGCGACGACGUCGUCUUUGUCCCCCAGGCCGCAUACCUCUCGCGCGGCACUCUCCGCGACCAGAUCCUCUACCCGCACACCGUCGACGACAUGGCUGCCGCAGGCCGAUCCGACGCCGAGCUCGAGGCCAUCCUCGGCAUUGUCCACCUCAAGCACAUCCUCGGUCGUGAGGACGCCGGAUGGGACACGGCGCGCGUGUGGCAGGACGUGCUCUCCGGUGGCGAGCGCCAGCGCCUUGCCCUCGCCCGCGUCUUCUACCACGCUCCACGAUUUGCCGUCCUCGACGAGUGCACCUCGGCUGUCUCUGCAGACGUCGAGGGAGCCAUCUAUGCCGCCGCCAAGGACGCCGGCAUCACCCUCAUCACUGUCUCACACCGCCCCUCGCUCAUCCAGUACCAUGCCGCCUUGCUCACCUUUGACGGUGCAGGCGCCGCUGCCUACACCUCGCUUGUUGACGCCUCGGUUGCCCGCACUCUCCGUGAAGAGGCCGAUCAUCUCCGCGCACGCCUCGUCGACAUCCCAGCCAAGCGCGCCCGCCUUCGCGAGCUCUGUACCGCCCUCGGCGAAGACUCGCUUGUCCUCGAGCCCACCACCGCGCGCGAGCGCUCGUUCAUGGCCAGCGAGUAGCAGGGUGCUCUGCUCCUCAUGUCAGUAAGUGUAUGUUCAAUGAUAAGUCACAAUCUCAAGCACGACCUUGGUCACAUCCUCCAUCUUGGUGGUAAACGCCAUGCACGCC